AUAUUUUUGCACGUGCGAGGCCACAGGGAACAGAACAAACCUGCCUAAGGCCAAAAGAGAAGCACCGGAGGGAGAGCUAAUGUCUAGGCUGGUUUGCAGGAACUUGACUGGUUUGAGUGCCAUUGACAGAUUGAGACAAAACCUCCCAAAACAAAACAAUUCCUUUUUUGAAUGCAAAACUGUUAACUCUGAAAAAAACAAAAAAAGGGAUGAUGUCAUUCUUCUUCUUCCUCCUCCUCCUCUUCGUUCUGUAUCAUUCCUGCUCCCACCACCACCACUUUCUUCCAGUGGGCCCUGCCGUCACACCAUCAUCGCCAACAGAACCACCACUGCCAACAGGUCUCCUCAGAUGCCAUAGCAGGUUGAUGAGGAUGAAAAUUAUAGGAGACGGAAAAAGUGCAACGAAGAGUUGGAAUGGCCACACAAUUCAUCAACUCAUGUCAAAUCGCAGUUAGCUCAAUGUUUUAUCGUUGUAGUUAAUGCUAUGGUUGGACCACGAUCAUGGACAGGACUAUUUACCCGCUCAAAUAACAGACGAAAUCACUCUUUAAGUCCUUUCCAGGAACAGAGACUUCUGAGGCUUCAAGCACGAUUACAAGUACCUUUUGACGAGAAUCGCCCUGAUCAUCAAGAAACCUUGAAAGCAUUGUGGCAUGCUGCCUUUCCAGAUGUUGCUCUGCGAGGUCUGAUCUCCGAGCAAUGGAAAGAGAUGGGUUGGCAAGGUUCUAACCCCUCUACCGACUUUAGGGGUUGCGGUUUUAUCUCCCUCGAGAACUUGCUUUUUUACGCCAGGACUUAUCCAGCAUCUUUUCGUAGGUUAUUGUUCAAGCGAGAGGGAAAUCGAGCAACUUGGGAAUACCCGUUUGCUGUUGCUGGCAUAAAUAUAUCAUUUAUGUUGACUGAAAUGCUGGAUCUUUGCUCAGAAAAACCAAGGUGUCUUCCAGGAAUAAAUUUCGUGAAACUAUUAGGAGAAGAUGAAGCCGCCUUUGAUGUACUGUAUUGUAUAGCUUUCGAAAUGGUUGAUGCUCAGUGGCUCGCAGUGAAUGCAUCCUACAUGCAGUUUAAUGAGGUUCUGCAAGCAACAAGGACGCAGUUGGAAAGGGAGUUGUCUUUAGAAGAUACUCAAAGAAUACAUGAUUUACCAGCUUACAAUCUACUGUACCAGUAGCUAGCUUUAGAGGUAGUACAAAAUCCCCUUGAAAACUUGCUUCAAUGGUUGCUGGAUAGGAAUGAACAAUGAUGAUCAAACCCAGAUUGCAAUGAUUUGAGUAUCUACAAUUAUUGUUGGAGAAA